UCGCGUCAUGGCAAUGGCGUCAGUGUGGAAACUGGCAACAAAUUAACCAGUUGACGUGACCACUUGUUUGAAAAGUCGAACUUCUAAAGAGUAUAGCUAUGUUUAGUAGAGAUACAAGAUUAACAGUUACACAUAGCUAUGUUUAGUAGAGAUACAAGAUUAACAGUUACACAAGAUUCUAUCUGUGGCUCCUUUAGCGGUAUUUUGUCUCGGACAUUAACAGCUCCACUGGAUGUAACAAAGGUAUUGUACCAAGUUGGGGUACCGCAUGCCAACCAGAGAGCUUAUUUGGGCGGCGGUCUUUUCAGCUUAGCAAAAUACGUGAAACAAACAGAGGGUUCACGGGCCCUUUACAAGGGAAAUAUGACCAGUUGUCUGAAGAUGUUUCCUGCGUCAAUUAUUCAGUUUUCGACAUACUUCAGUCUAAAGACAUUCUUUGCCGGCGAGACGGGUGAAAUGACAAUGACUCAGACAACGCUUGCCAGUGCUACAGCGGGCUAUGCAUCAACUAUAGUUACCUACCCUAUAGAUACAGUAAAGACACGGCUAAUAGCCCAGCCGUUUGACAAGGGCCGUUCAUUCUACAGAGGUAUUAUAGACUGUUGGAGAAUGAUGAUAUACACUGAAGGCGUCAGGUCAUUAUGGAAAGGGCUGUCGGCGGCAUUAUUAGCUACUGUACCAUCAACGAUGUCGCUUUUUCUAACAUAUGAGUUGUUGGACAGAUACAUUUUUAGUGCAGACGUCCCCAGCGUGAUCAAUGACUGUGUAGUGGACGGGAAGCGAGUUACUCAUGGCAUGACCGCCGCAUUAAUCUCCCUUCUUUCCACUCAUCCGCUGGAUACUUGUCGAAAGAAAAUGCAGGCGUAUUCCCUUCAUCUGGAGAACCAUGGUGGAGUGGACUUCGAGGUUAAAUCUUUGAGACAAUGUUUUGGACAUAUUUGGCGAAACCAAUGGUUUCUUGGUCUGUAUGCAGGAUUUGCACCCGCCGCUCUAAGGUUGGUACCAUUCAAUGCACUGAUGCUAUGGUCCUACAACAGAUGUAAGCGGCUAUGCUUACGGCACAACGGUUUACCUGCCCAGGACCACGAGCGGCUAUUGACACGGCGCGAGGAAGACAUACAUGAUUUGGAGUACAUGUUACUCGAAGACCUGCUUAAUGACGACCCCCCAGCAGUGAGAUAUGCUAAAUUAUACCUUAUGGAACAACAAGAACUGAAAGAGAACAAGAAAAAGCGAAACAAAAUCUAUGACAAAAAUGAAAAAAAUUAAGUAACAGUAGACCUAUUUUCAGAAAUAAAAAUGAGUACAUGUAACACAUUGUUGCUCUA